GAUAAACUUAAUAUGGGAGUAAUGCGGUGGCUAUGGCUGGCUGCGUGCGCGGCCUUGGUGCUGCCGGCUGCCUCCAAGGAGCUGGUGGAGGGCCCUCCUCGUGAAGACAUCACGCAGGAGCUGCCGCAGGCGCAGGACCCGGACAUCAUCAACUACGACGAUUAUAAUCCCUUCGGGGAGGAUGAUGAUGUUGUCGGAUUGCAGGAGAGGGACUUCCCAAGAUCAACAAGCAGCACACCACCCUUCAGAAGAACUCAAGUUCCGACGCCCAGAGCUCCAACUAUCUCCAAAUGCGUGGACAUCGGGCGUACGUGGAAUGAGGGAGAAAACUGGAAGCGUGACAACUGUACUCUCUGCCAGUGUCAUGGCGGCCGAGUCAACUGCACCAUAGUACCUGCUUGCCUUACAGCUCAAAUACCAAACCGGCCAGUAUUCGUGGGUUCUGCAGCCCAGCCGACAUCGCCAGUGCGUGGUGUAGUGGGAUCGCCUGGCGACGAGGGUCCGCCCGGCCCGCCUGGCUCACCCGGAGUCAACGGCGUGCCCGGAGCACCUGGCAUGCCCGGACCCGCUGGACCUAUACCUGAUGUAAACGCGUAUCUGGCUCAACUAGCAGCUUCAGCUGGAGGUGACAAAGGACCGGCCUUCGAUCCGUAUCAGUACAUGCAAGCUUCUGUUGGCACUCCAGGAAUCAGAGGAAUACCAGGACCACAAGGCCCGCCUGGUCCGCAAGGUUUUCAAGGUCAACGAGGUGAGCCCGGUGAACCUGGUCUGCCAGGUCAGCAAGGACCACCUGGAGAAAGAGGACCGCAGGGAUUACCAGGAAAAGAUGGUUCCCCGGGAGAAGACGGUGAACCGGGUCCUACAGGAUCAGUUGGCCAGCCAGGACCUCGCGGUACCCCAGGUGUGCCUGGUAUUCAAGGGUUGAAAGGACAUCGUGGGUUCGACGGCCGAGACGGGGCUAAAGGUGAACAAGGAUUGCCUGGAGAAAAAGGACCCACUGGAAUACCCGGUCCUUUAGGACCAAUAGGACCAGCUGGUCCAGUCGGCGCUAGAGGUGAAAGAGGUCGAGAGGGACCCCCCGGACCACCUGGCGUACGUGGAGUCGACGGUGCGCCUGGACCUCCAGGAAUGACGGGUAAUACUGGCAAACCAGGUUCUCCUGGUUUCCCCGGAAGCGCGGGAAUAAAAGGAGAAACGGGUAUUGCUGGUCCAAAGGGCAGUCAAGGAAUGCAAGGUCCUCGCGGUGAAGCGGGUCGUCCUGGGCCAGCAGGUGAAACAGGUGCUCCAGGAAUCCCUGGGUUAGAUGGUAUACCUGGCGAAAAAGGUAUUCAAGGACAGCCUGGUAGUUCAGGACCACAGGGUUUCCCAGGACCAAGAGGGUUACCCGGUACACCUGGAGAUUCAGGAUUGCCAGGAGCUAAAGGAAUGCCGGGUCAGCCAGGUGAAAGAGGACAGAAAGGUGAUGGUGGCAUCAGAGGUGAAUCUGGUGCCCCUGGACCUCGUGGGCUGCCUGGAAAUAGCGGGCCAGAGGGUAAACGCGGAAAGAGAGGACUAAGAGGACCCGCUGGUAACGUUGGACCUCAAGGCGAAAGAGGGUUACAAGGAUUAAGAGGAUUGCCUGGUGAAUAUGGGUUACCAGGGAAUAAAGGUAACACGGGCGAAAGAGGAUACCCGGGUAUUCCAGGACCCAAAGGUACUCACGGUGAUAUCGGUGGAAUAGGACCACAAGGUAUGCCUGGACCACCCGGGCCUGUUGGUAGGCCUGGAAUGCCUGGAAGAACGGGUCCAGUGGGUGAAAGAGGAAUACCGGGAGCUGAUGGCAAGCCAGGUGACAAGGGGCCUCAAGGCAUAAGCGGUCCACCGGGGCCUAUGGGCAGUAUUGGAGUGCCUGGAUUACGAGGCGAACCUGGAAGAGACGGCGAGCCAGGGGCAGCAGGGCCUCAAGGUGAAAAAGGUGAUGCUGGUCUUGAUGGCAGUCCUGGUGUUCAAGGGCCUCAGGGAGUUGCUGGACCAGCCGGUGAAAGAGGACCGGUUGGCCCUUCGGGACCCACGGGAUUCCCAGGUAUGCCAGGAGCCGCUGGCAUGCCAGGCUCGCCAGGUAAGGAUGGCGAGCCGGGUAUGGCUGGUCCGAUAGGACCACCUGGCCCGUCAGGACCAAGAGGAGAAAGAGGGUUCACUGGAGACAGAGGUCAACCUGGCCAGCCUGGCGCACCAGGGGAGAAAGGUGAAACAGGGGCACUGGGACCAGAUGGACCACCGGGUCCGGAGGGCUUGAGAGGUAGCAAAGGUCACCCUGGGUCUCCCGGAGUUAUGGGUAUGCCUGGACAACGUGGAAUGAAUGGAGCUCCCGGAGAGAAAGGGGAAAGGGGCGCUGCAGGGCCACCUGGCAAUGAUGGACCCGCAGGUCGUCAGGGAGAACAAGGACCACAAGGACCAAUUGGUCCAGUUGGUCCAGCCGGUGAACCAGCAGAAAGAGGCGAGCCUGGUACUCCUGGAGUGCCUGGAGAAUUGGGAGCCCCUGGUUCCCCUGGUGAACGUGGCCAACCUGGACCACAAGGCUUACAGGGUUUCCCAGGACCACAAGGUCUAACUGGCAUGCCAGGUCUAAAGGGCGACAGAGGCUACGCUGGUGCAAAAGGACAGCAGGGAAAUACUGGCAGUCCAGGUAUACCUGGUGAGACUGGAGCUCGUGGUUUACCUGGCUUGUCUGGCGCUAAAGGGGCACGCGGUGAUUAUGGACCUAAAGGAGAGACAGGACAUGCCGGAUUACCUGGUAGACCUGGAGACUUAGGACCACCGGGACCUCAAGGCAGUACAGGACCAGCAGGCGCCCCUGGCAUGCCGGGACCUAAAGGUUCUACGGGAGACUCCGGUAGGCCAGGUGCCCCUGGGCCGAUUGGUUUAACUGGUCCCCAAGGCCAACUGGGACCUAAAGGUGAAAGAGGUAGCGAAGGUGAACCAGGUCCACAAGGGCCAAGCGGGCCCCCUGGGGCAGCUGGUGAGCGGGGUCCAGGAGGGUUACCAGGAAUAGCAGGUCCACCUGGACCACAGGGACUUCGAGGCGCUCAGGGUGAAAGCGGCACCCCAGGCAAACCAGGUGCCGACGGUGCUCCUGGACAAGCUGGACCUCAAGGACGGCAAGGACCUCAAGGCCAGAUGGGUGAACCUGGACCAGAAGGACGGCCUGGCAAGCAAGGACAACCGGGAAUAGCUGGGCGGCCAGGCGACAAAGGUCCUAUGGGACCAUCAGGCUCGGCGGGCCCAGUAGGACCUCCAGGAGCUCAAGGUCCAUCCGGCCCCACAGGCCCUCCUGGCCCUUCAGGUGAAAGAGGACCAAGGGGCGAAAGCGGCCCACCAGGAGUAGACGGUCCUCGUGGAACUCCUGGUAGUGUGGGACCACCUGGACCAUUUGGACCAAAAGGCGACCGAGGUGAAUCUGGAGCGGAUGGUGCUAAAGGUCACGCUGGACUGCCAGGUCUUCCGGGAAUGGCUGGUGUCCCGGGAAGAACUGGUGAAAGAGGAUUACCUGGACCGAUGGGACCACCUGGCAAGGAUGGAGAUGUUGGCUCACGAGGUAUUCCGGGGCGUGACGGUAGCCCAGGUAUGCAAGGUCCACCAGGUCCCCAAGGAGGCCAAGGUCCUCCUGGAGAACCAGGAAGACAUGGUUCACCUGGUCCUUCGGGUCCCCCCGGACCACCAGGGCCACCUGGCGAAGGUCUCGCUUAUGACGCCGCCGCCAUUGCAGCUAUGUUACAGCAAGGUUCUGUGAAAGGCCCUGACCCGCUUGGAGACGACCCCAACUUGAUGCCACCCCGUUUCUUCAAAGACGAUAUGUCAGCUGCCGAACGCAAGGAGGUUGUGAUGAAGGCUUACGAAAGAUUGAAAGUCUCUUUAGAUAAGUUCCUUAAACCUGAUGGUUCCAAGGAGGCGCCCGCAAAGACCUGUGGUGAUAUUAAGUAUCACCAUCCAGAGUUUGAGAGUGGUCAAUACUGGAUCGAUCCCAACGGCGGUGACAUGAACGAUGCUAUCGUGGUUUACUGUGACAUGACGACCGGCAGCAGCUGUGUGUUCCCCAAGCCGAUUCAGUCGCAGGACAUAGCCUUCACUGGCAAGCAACACGAACCCUGGCUCAGUGAGAUGGAUGAAGGAUUCACUAUUACGUACAAGGCGGACCACACACAGCUGACUUACCUGCAACUGAUGUCAGCGAAGGCGUCUCAGAACGUGACGUUCCACUGUCGCAACACUAUCGGCUAUUACGACGCGAGGACCAAGAACUACAGGAAGGGCAUCAAGCUGCUGGCGUACAAUGAUGCUGAGAUCUUACCAAAGGCUAACAACAGACUUAGAUAUAAGGCGCUAUUGGAUGAGUGUCAGCACCUGAGUUCUAGUUGGGCGCGAACUAUCGUUGAGUACGAGACCGACAAGCCUGGUCGCCUGCCUCUCCUCGACGUAGCCAUCAGGGAUGUCGGCAGACCUCAACAGAUGUUCAGGGUGGAGCUAGGUCUAGCAUGCUUUACUUAGAGACAAAGUUUUGGGCGCCUUCAAAUUAGUGGUUGGAGGAAGCGCUUCAAGUGCGGCCCUGUGUUGCACUAGCUUCUUUGACACUAAUUCUUUUAGAUAUUCUAGAAGCUCAGUGGCAACCGCAGUUAGUAACGCCACUACUGUGUGCACGUGCUAGUCACCCUCCCUCCGCUCACAUAUGAGCGGUGAGAAGAGGAGGGCGCCAUUGCCAAGACGCAUUCGAUGUGGUAGAUUGUCUAUCCAUUGUCCUCUACCCACCACUUUCAUUCUUUAUAUCAAUAGUGGCUAGCGUUCUUAUUUCAAUGCAGUGCUGCGCCAGCGCUUUCUCACACAUCUAAUUUGAGACACCCUAACAAUAAAAACAACGAACGAACGAAGCUAUAAUCCAAAUGUGGCAACAUUCCGCUCAAUGCUGGUGUUUCAUUUAGAAUUUAUUAAUGUUGCCAGUUUAUUAUAUUGAUGUAAGUUACCUAUUCGCAUUUAAAUAGAAAGUAAUUUAUGGAAUAAGCGUUAGGAAGUAAGAUCUCAAUAUCUUUUUAUUAGUUACUUGUAAAGACAUACUUACAUUUUAUAUUUCAAUUUUUACUUUUAUUUUACGUACUUUAAUUUGUAUUAUUCGAACUACCGUACAUUUUUGUAGGGUUAUAUUUUUUUUAAAUAGUAAGGUGACUCAACUAAAAUAAUAAAUAGUUACACUGCCAAUUAUAAGCAUUUAUUACAACUAACCACUAAAAUAACACAACAAGUACCUAUUACAAUAAGAAUAAAAAAAUCGUAACAAUAUUUUU